AUGAUGGGGUGUUGGGUUUUGAAUGAAAGUCUCCCCAUCAUGGUAGUACUCUCAUGGCUGGGAGUGAACUUGUAUCUCUUUAUGGUCACGUUCCGUUGGUAUGAAGAGGAGGAGUCUUUUCUCUACACACGAGUUAUUUUGGGGUCGACACUGGCUUGGGCGAAGGCAUCUGCACUGUGCCUGAAUUUUAACUGCAUGUUAAUCCUAUUGCCUAUCAGCCGAAACUUCAUCUCAUUCGUGAGAGGAACAAGCACUUGUUGCAGAGGACCAUGGGGAAGGCAAUUAGACAAAAACCUCAAAUUCCACAAGUUAGUCGCCUAUGGAAUAGCUGUUAGUGCAGCCAUCCACAUCGUGGCCCAUUUGUUCAACCUGGAGCGCUACCACUUGAGCCAAUCGGAGGAGGCCUCUGGGCUUCCGGCUGCACUUUCCAAACUUGGCAACAGCCCAAAUGAGAGCUACCUCAACCCCAUCCGGACCGCCGGCACGAACACAGUCAUUGAGUUGCUAACGACAAUAGCAGGCAUAACUGGCCUGGUGCUCUCGCUGGCUUUGAUCCUGCUCAUGACCUCCUCUACUGAGUUCAUCAGACAGGUCUCCUACGAGUUGUUCUGGUAUACACACCAUGUUUUCAUCAUCUUCUUUAUCAGUCUGGCUCUCCAUGGGGCAGGUCGGAUUGUUCGAGGUCAAACUCCAGAGAGCCUCUUGCUGCACAAUGUCACCUUCUGUAGAAACCACUAUGACAAGUGGCACGCAGUCGCCCAGUGUCCCAUGCCUCAAUUUUCUGGCAAGGAACCCUCGGCUUGGAAAUGGGUUUUGGGACCCGUGGUCUUGUACGCAUGUGAACGAAUAAUUAGGUUCUGGCGAUUUCAGCAAGAGGUUGUCAUUACCAAGGUGAUAAGUCACCCUUCUGGAGUCUUGGAACUUCGCAUGAAGAAGCGUGACUUCACAAUGGCUCCAGGGCAGUACAUCUUUAUCCAGUGCCCGGCCAUCUCCCCGCUGGAGUGGCAUCCCUUCACCCUCACCUCAGCCCCCCACGAAGACUUCUUCAGCGUGCAUAUCCGGGCAGCAGGAGACUGGACAGGAGCCUUGUGUGAGGCCUUUGGGGCACAGGGACAGGACCUGAAGGAUCCCUGUAGCCUGCCAAGGCUGGCCGUGGAUGGGCCAUUCGGAGCUGCUCUGACAGACGUGUUCCACUACCCCGCGAGUGUGUGCAUUGCAGCUGGAAUCGGAGUCACUCCCUUUGCUGCACUUCUGAAAUCUCUAUGGCACAGAUGUUGUGAUUCCCAGAGCCAGCUGAAGCCAAGCAAGGUGUAUUUCUACUGGAUCUGCCGGGAUGCAAGGGCAUUUGAGUGGUUUGCCGAUCUCUUACUCUCGCUGGAAACACAGAUGAGCGAACAAGGGAAAACUCACUUUCUGAGUUACCGUAUAUUUCUCACUGGCUGGGAUGAAGACCAGGCUCUUCACAUAGCUUUACACUGGGAUGAGAAUACUGACGUGAUUACAGGCUUAAAGCAGAAAACCUUCUACGGGAGACCUAACUGGGACGACGAAUUCAAGCAGAUAGCCUACAAUCACCCCAGCAGCAGCAUUGGCGUGUUUUUCUGUGGACCCAGCGCUCUCUCAAAGACGCUUCAAAGGAUGUGCCGCUUGUAUUCAUCAGCUGACCCCAGGGGUGUACAUUUUUAUUACAACAAGGAAAGCUUCUAG